GAAGCCUUAACUUUGGGGGAAAUCAAAUAGGGGAUACCUUUUUCCAUGCGAUAGUGGAUUGUAGUAUGUUGAAGAGAUUGAAUGUCUAUGAUGCUAUGCUUGGUACUGGUGUUCAGGAGAUACCAAUAAAUCAUGAUCAAUUGCGUUAUCUUGAACUAAAUAAGUGCCGAAUGAUGCGUGUGUCCAUCAGGUGCCCGCAACUCGUAAAUUUGUCCUUGAAACGUAGUACCAUGGGACAGGCGGUGCUUAAUUGUCCCCUUUUGACUCUCCUUGAUAUAGCUGCUUGCCACAAGCUUUCUGAUGCAGCCAUUCGCUUAGCGGUUACUUCAUGCCCUCAACUAGAGUCUUUAGAUAUGUCAAAUUGUUCAUGUGUGAGUGAUGAAACUCUUCGUGAAAUAGCCCUCAGUUGUGCAAAUCUUUGUAUUCUCAAUUCUUCAUACUGCCCAAAUAUAUCGCUUGAGUCUGUAAGGCUCCCCAUGUUAACAGAUCUUAAGCUUCACAGCUGUGAGGGUAUCACAUCAGCUUCAAUGGCUGCAAUAUCUCAUAGUUAUAAGUUGGAGGUUCUGGAGCUUGAUAAUUGUAAAUUUUUGACUUCUGUAUCUUUGGAUCUUCCUCGUUUGCAGAAUAUAAGACUUGUACAUUGUCGGAAAUGUGUUGAAUUGAAUUUGCGGACUAUCAUGCUAUCAUCUAUAACUGUGUCAAAUUGUGCUGCUCUCAACCUCAUAAACGUUACAUCAGACUCUCUUCAAAAAUUAUCAUUGCAAAAGCAGGAGAACUUGACAACAUUGGUGUUGAAUUGCCUGAGUCUGCAAGAAGUUGACCUUACAGAUUGUGAAUCAUUAACAAAUUCUAUCUGUGAAGUGUUCAGUGAUGGUGGUGGUUGCCCCGUGUUAAAGUCUUUAGUUCUUGAUAAUUGUGAGGGCUUGACAACAGUGCAGUUCUGUAGUACAUCUUUAGUCAGUCUCUCUCGUGGUUGCCGUGCUAUCACAUCUCUUGAAUUAAAAUGCCCCAAUCUUGAGAAAAUUUGUUUAGAUGGUUGUGAUCAUCUUGAAAGAGCAUCAUUUUGUCCAGUUGCUCUCCAAUUGCUCAAUCUGGGUAUAUGCCCUAAGUUGAACUCACUUGUUAUUGAAGCAUCAAGUAUGUCGGUGCUUGAGUUGAAAGGAUGUGGUGUAUUGUCAGAAGCAUCCAUUAACUGUCCUCUUUUGACAUCCCUUGAUGCUUCUUUUUGCAGCCAACUUAAGGAUGAUUGCCUGUCUGCAACUACCACUUCUUGCCCACUGAUUGAAUCUUUAAUACUUAUGUCAUGCCCAUCUAUUGGUUCUGAUGGGCUUUACUCAUUGCAAUCACUUUCAAAUUUGACUAUGCUUGAUUUAUCAUACACUUUCUUGAUGGAUUUGGAGCCAGUUUUCGAGUCUUGUUCACAACUGAAGGUGUUGAAACUGCAAGCAUGCAAGUAUCUCAGUGACAUGUCAUUGGAGCCUCUUUAUAAGAAAGCUUCACUUCCAGCUCUUCAGGAAUUGGACUUGUCUUAUGGGACUCUUUGCCAGUCAGCUAUCGAGGAGCUUCUUGCAUACUGUACACACCUCACCCAUGUUAGCUUGAAUGGUUGUGUAAAUAUGCAUGAUCUGAAUUGGGGUUCUAGUGGUGAUCAUCUUGUGGAAUCAACUGUAUAUAGCUCAUACCGGAUGUUUUCUCAUAAGAACGUCUAUGACUCAAUGGAGUUUCCUGAGCGUUUACUACAAAACCUCAACUGUGUAGGUUGUCCAAAUAUCAGGAAAGUUCUCAUUCCAUCCCAGGCACACUGUUUCCAUUUGUUAUCAUUGAACCUUUCCCUGUCUGCCAACUUGAAGGAAGUUGAUGUUGCAUGUUUCAGUUUGUGCAUUCUCAAUUUGAGCAACUGUUGCUCAUUGGAAACAUUGAAGCUUGCUUGUCCAAAAUUAACAAGUCUGUUUCUUCAGUCGUGUAACAUGAAUGAAGCAGCAGUUGAAAUUGCCAUAUCUCAAUGUAGCAUACUUGAGACUCUGGAUGUACGCUUUUGCCCAAAGAUAUGUUCAACGAGUAUGGGGAGGUUACGAUCAGCAUGCCCUAGUUUGAAGCGCAUCUUCAGCAGCCUGACACCUUCAUAAAGACAAGAUAAUUGGAAAUUUUUGAUUGCUUUAGCAUUUUCCAGGCCAGUGGGAUUUAUUUCAUUGAGGUGGUGGCAAGUGGCUUGUUAUGUUUGCCAGGAUCUAGUAUGUGUGAUAUUGUAAAUGGUAUGAUAUUUUCUGUUGCUGUCUUUGAUUUUAUUAUUUGUACCAGAUGUGGCUGUCCUUGUGUAUUUAACACAAAUAAAUGUUAUUCUAUGUUCAUUAUUUGUAAGUUAUCAUUACUAGUUUUCUUCUU